AGUCUAGGCUGUGGUGAAAAAUGUGACUCCAUUGCUAUGCUUCCGCAGUGGGCCUGAGUCCUUCUGGUGUCUCCUAUAUAGGCCCCAGGGAAUCUUCAAGAGGACACAGAGACGACUACUCAGAGGCCUGUGACCGGGCGUUGUCUCUGACUCAUCAUGACCUUGCAGAUCCCUUGCAGGCUCCCGGGUCACAUUUGCUUCUUUUCAAGGUGAGGAUCCUGCUGUUCCAAGGACACUUCUCUGGUCCCCCGCUGUCCAGGCCAUGCUAAGGCACAGAACUGAGCCCCCACACUGGAGUGUGUGAAGAGGCGGCAUUCCUGUCACCCACAGAGGUCUCCAGCGAGCGCAGACUUGAUAAACUGUCCACCCGCCUAAGCUCAGACUCCAGACUGGGGCCGUGGAGCAACGGACUCCUGCCCCGGGCUAGGUCUGGCAAGACGCGGACAUUGAAGCCAGGGUCAACCCCUUAGAGACCUUGCUCUCCGGACGCGACUCCUCCCAGACGCUCACCCUCCCACGUGGGGCUGAGAAGAGGUCCGGGCUCGCGGCACGGGCUUUGCACAGCGGAUCCCUAGCAGGAGGCCCAGCGUGAAAGGCUGCUGGGUGCAGGGAGGCGGAGCCGACCCGGGAGCCCCUCCCCUGAUCGGUGAGCAUACUAGCCUCUCGGUGCCUCGCCCGCACUGGGGGGUGUGGUCCCGAGAACUCCGCUUCCCCGAGCUCCGUGCCAGCCCCUAGGAGCUUUGCAGAACCUACAGCGCAUUUGUACGCGGCCACCCCGGGAAGGCCCCCGCCAGGCAACUCAGUCAUCAGAUUCCCUCUUACUCCCUUGUGCAAGUUGUGGAGGAGGCUGGAAGCAUGCGGGACUAUGACGAGGUGACCUCCUUCCUGGGCGAGUGGGGCCCCUUCCAGCGCCUCAUCUUCUUCCUACUCAGCGCCAGCAUCAUCCCCAACGGCUUCAAUGGUAUGUCAGUCGUGUUUCUGGCAGGAUCACCGGAGCAUCGUUGCCGUGUGCCUGACACCGUGAACCUGAGCAGCGCGUGGCGCAACCACAGUAUCCCAUUGGAGACGAAGGACGGACGACAGGUGCCCCAGAAGUGCCGCCGCUACCGGCUGGCGACCAUCGCUAACUUCUCUGCCCUGGGGCUGGAACCGGGACUGGAUGUGAACCUGGAGCAGCUGGAGCAGGAGAGCUGCCUGGAUGGCUGGGAGUACAGCAAGGACGUCUUCCUAUCCACCAUUGUGACCGAGUGGAAUCUGGUGUGUGAGGAUGACUGGAAGACACCCCUCACCACCUCCCUGUUCUUCGUAGGCGUUCUCUGUGGCUCCUUCGUGUCUGGGCAGCUGUCAGACAGGUUUGGCAGGAAGAAAGUCCUCUUUGCAACCAUGGCUGUGCAGACUGGAUUCAGCUUCGUGCAGAUUUUCUCCACCAGCUGGGAGAUGUUCACCGUGUUAUUUAUCAUCGUGGGCAUGGGCCAGAUCUCCAACUAUGUGGUGGCCUUCAUACUAGGAACUGAAAUUCUGAGCAAGUCAGUUCGAAUUAUCUUCUCCACGUUAGGAGUCUGCACAUUUUUUGCAAUCGGCUACAUGGUGCUGCCUCUGUUUGCAUACUUCAUCCGGGACUGGCGGAUGCUGCUGCUGGCACUGACACUUCCUGGGGUGCUGUGUGCCCCCCUGUGGUGGUUUAUUCCCGAAUCUCCCCGGUGGCUGAUAUCCCAGAGGAGAUUUGAAGAGGCAGAACAGAUCAUCCAGAAAGCUGCAAAGAUGAACAGCAUCGUGGCGCCUGCAGUGAUAUUUGAUCCUCUGGAGCUACAGGAGCUAAAUUCCUUGAAGCAGAAGAAAGUUUUCAUUCUGGACCUGUUUAAGACUAGGAACAUUGCCACAAUAACAGUGAUGUCUGUGAUGCUGUGGAUGCUAACCUCAGUGGGUUACUUUGCUCUGUCUCUCAAUGUUCCUAAUUUACAUGGAGAUAUCUACCUGAACUGCUUCCUCUCUGGCCUGAUUGAAGUUCCAGCUUAUUUCACAGCCUGGCUGCUGCUGAGAAACCUGCCUCGGAGAUACAUCAUAGCCGGGGUGCUGUUCUGUGGAGGAGGUGUGCUUCUCUUGAUCCAAAUGGUACCUGAAGAUUAUAACUUCGUGUCCAUUGGCCUGGUGAUGCUGGGGAAAUUUGGGGUCACCUCUGCCUUCUCCAUGCUGUAUGUCUUCACUGCAGAGCUCUACCCAACCCUGGUCAGGAACAUGGCUGUGGGCAUCACCUCCAUGGCUUCUAGAGUGGGCAGCAUCAUCGCUCCCUACUUUGUUUACCUGGGUGCCUAUAACAGACUCCUGCCCUACAUUGUCAUGGGCAGUCUGACUGUCCUGAUUGGAAUCAUCACGCUUUUUUUCCCUGAAAGUUUUGGAGUGGCUCUACCAGAGAACUUAGAGCAGAUGCAGAAAGUGAGAGGGUUCAGAUGUGGGAAAAAAUCAACAGCCUCUUUGGACAGAGAAGAAAGCCCCAAGGUUCUAAUCACUGCAUUCUAGUAAGGGUUCCUUGGCAUUCAGCCAACUGGAAAUCAGAUGUGUCCAAUAAACUGGGAAAGAUGGAACAUGCCUAUAAUCCCAGCACUCUAGAGGGAGAGCCAAGAGGAUCAGGAAUUCAAGGUCAUCCUUGGCUACAUCAGGCAUGUAAGACCAGCCUGGACUCCAUGCAGCCCUGUCUCAACAAAACAAAGUCAAAGCCUUUACUGCUGAAAGGGACUAUUAGAAGCAAUGGGCAUUAAGCUGGACUUGUGGAGAAACACAUGUUGUCUUCUAAACUGGACAGCUAACUACUCAAAGAAAUAAGUUUGUAAGAUUUUUCUUCAAAAUGUGUUAGUCAAGGACUGGCAAAAUCCAUACGAAGAUUAACACGUUUCCAAAAUACUACCCAAAUAAACUGAUUGUAUUAUCAAAACUA